AUGUCAAUGCCCUGGAUCCUUAAAAUUCUAAGAGGUCUCUGUGGUUGUUACAAGAAAGAAGUGUCCAUGGAGAGUAGAAGAAAGAUGAAAAAGGUGAAUUGUGAUGAAGAAUCCCCAAGGUCUAUUCUGCCACGAAAAUAUGAUCCAAAGCCAACACUUGUCCUGGAUCUUGACAAUACCUUGGUACAUUCAACUUUCGAGAUGCCGGAGUUCUACGACUUUUGUGUGGAGGUUCCAAGGAGUAGGGAUAUGCCCAUAUACGUAAAGGUAAGGCCUCAUGCCACCGAGUUUAUCAACGGGGUUGGAGACAUAUAUGAAGUGAUCAUAUUCACAGCCGCAAAAAAAGAGUAUGCUAGGAAGGUUAUUGACAUGAUUGAUAUGAACAAGAAUAUAAAGUAUUCUUUGUAUAGGGAGUCAUGCACGCUUACUAACGGGAGAUAUGUUAAGGAUCUAUGCAGGCUUGGAAGACCCUUGCACAAGGUGAUUCUAGUUGAUGACAGCCCUCAUUCUUAUGAGUUCCAGCCUGGUAAUGGGAUUCAUAUCCCCCCAUACACCGGAGCGCUAGACGAUGAUUCUCUCCUUAAGGUCAUGAAAUACCUAAAGGGGCUACCUAGAGAUGACUUGUUUAGAAAUACACAUCAGACGCCUUUUAGAGGUGGAUUAAUGACAGAAUUGAAGCAUCACGAUUGA